CGAUAUCGCGCGAAACCCUACGUUCCACAAAUACGCCGGCCUUACUUCAACAAGUCACCUUACACACAGCUUAGUUCAGUUACCUCGUCCCAGUCGGAAGAUUACGCGUGAUCCGAUCCGCGAGUCGAUUCUCCAAAUUGUUUCCGUGCUUCAAGUCGGGACUUUUCUUAAAAAUAAAAAAAAACCGCGUUCGAUUUUGCAACUUUUACCCACAAACACUUCACUCUUUCUUUUCGCCCUCGCAAUCACGCCUGGAUUCAUCCAAUCGAGAAACUCGCGCGGAGUUUCGCUCUCGCAGUGGAUUUACGCGACCGCACAAAAUCGUAAAUUGGUUACGAGAGCCUAUUAACUCAUUUCGUAAUUGUGAACCAGAGACAAUCGCUAUAAGACAUUAAACUAUAACAGAGAGAAACAACGGGAGAAGGGAAGUAGCUUCUCCUGAUUCCUCAAGAUACGCGAAAAGGUAUCGGGCGUAUAACAGGUACGCUUGGUGUGUCGUCAAGUCGGCAAACGUUGGCGUGCAGCUGUCGUGCGGAAGAAACGCAUGGAAAGAACAUACGCUGCCUUCGAGAGGAUCGGCAGCAUGUUUCUAAUAAAACGCGCGCGGUCUCACGCAGUGCCGAUGCGUGCAACAGGAAUGUUAUGCAAUGCGAAUGCCGUGUAUACGAACAGCACGAUCGGCAACGAUACGGGCACGUAGCCAUGAAAGAAAUUCUCCCGUCUGUGAUGUCGAUAUCCCGCGCGCGAUCCUGGCCGUUGCUGAACACGGCGGGCAAAAGAAACCGUACGGUCGCCGUCGAUGACUCGUCCCCGAAGAAAAAUCGUCCGACGGAAACCAACGGCGGCGUAGAGAAGAGCAACAUCGCGGCUGCUCAACCGGAAAACAAUCAGGUACAGGCGAAACAAUUGUUAUGCCGACGUUAUUAUCCCGAGGGAGGAUGGGGCUGGGUGGUAACCUUCGUCGGCACUCUCGUGCAUAUUCUGGGACCAGGCCUGCAGUUCUCAAUUCCUGCCACUGUCGCAUUGCCUGCUAAGGUCAAAUUCUAUCACCAUCCAUGGCACACAGCCGGUGAGUCGAGAUUCCUGAACGAUUGCGUGAAUGUUACAGAAAUAAUCAAAAUCGUAUAUGCAAACGGUACCUUUCGUUGCGCAUCUCACUUCUGUUAUUUAGUAUUUUUAUACACUUGUGUCUAUACUACAAUCGUGAAAAAUUGGACGCUGUUUUUGAAACUCUAUUUUCCACCCUUUGAAUAA